GUGACGGACCCAAGGGUGCAUCUUAUGUCGCAGGUCUGGGAAAAGCAAUGUGCUGUUGCAGAUCCUUAUGCAGAGAAAGCAGAGAAGCUUCUGAAGGAAGCAGAGCUUGCUCAGCUCCAUACCCAAACGGACGUGUCCAUCCGGGAUGCUUCAGCCGCGGCAGAGAUUUUCCGAAGCCUCGGAGAUCAUGCCAAAACAGCGGAAGCCAUGCGGAUUCUGAUCGCUGGAAAGCUUAGGAAAGCCGAUGGUGCUAGACCUGUAGAGGCUUUGGACCAUGUCAAUCAGGAGCUGGCAAGAUUCCGUGAAUUGGGCAGCAGAAUAGGAGAGGCUUCCAUGAUGCUCUCACUAGCCGAGAUCAACACGGACCGCCGUGGGACUCGCAAGCGUGAGGAAUCCUUGCAGAUGGGUCUGGAAGCUCUUGAGAUGUUCAAGGAGUUGGGCAACAAGCGGCUACAAGUGUCAGCCCUGCAGCACCUGUCGAAUGUACACAUCAAGUUCUGCGACAAGGGUUGUGCUGGCAAGAGUGGCCGCGAGGCUACCAGAUAUGCCCAAGAAGCCUUGGCUCUGGCAAGAACUCUCCAGGGCGAUCCCGUGCAAGACAAGCUCUAUGAAGCCUCAGCGCUGCACAAUGUAGCUGUGGGGAAGUGGUACAGCGAGUGCCCCUUCAAGGAUGGUCUAAAGGCGGCCAAAGAAGCCCUACAAAUCUUCCGACAGCUGGGUUUGAAGAAAUUCCAAGCUGCGCAACUCCACUCGAUCGCGGACUGGCACCAGCGGCGAGGCAUUGGAAAGCAGGGCCUUCCAUUUGCAGAGGAAUCCUUGCAGAUUUUCCAAGAGAUCGAGUCCGGAAAGGGUUGGGAAUCUGCCGCGCUUUGCACGGUGGUGUCAGCUCUCAUGGACAAGGACGACACUGAAGCUGCAGUGAAAGUGGCCCAGGAAGGGGUGGAGAAAUUUCGCCAAAAGGGAGACAAGCAAGCAGAGGCCCAAGCUCUUGAUCUGUUGGCCGGGGUUUAUUUGGCCAGCAAUGAGAAGGAUGAGGCCUUGAAAUUGGCGGAAGAGUCGUUGGCCCUCUUCAGAGAGGUUGGUGACAAGAGGGCUGAAUCCUACGUUCUGCACACUGUCUCCCAGGUGCAGGCCAAAUCCGAAAACCACGAAGAGGCUGUGAAGCUAGUCAAAGAAUCCUUGGUCUUGGCUGGAGAGCUGGGUGAUACCAGAGAGCAGGCAAAAUGCCUAGCUCAACUUUGCCGAAUGCACCUCCUGGCACGAGAGCACUGCACUUAG